GAGAGAGAGAGAGAGAGAGAGAGAACUGGUGCAAAAGUUCAGUCAAAAAGAACAGGCCUAGACAUUCACUGUCACUACACGGACGCUAAGUUUACGAUACACCCACUACAUAAAAAGAAAUCGAUAGAAUAUAAAUGCGUGCACAAACUGUCCUUUUUUUUUGUUUUUAGAGUAACCGCACUGUCUAUCGGGAAAGAAACGAGAACGAGAUAGCAAAAGCCAAAGGACUAGAGAGAGAGACGCUCGCAAACGCACAACCCUUACCACCGUCCAGACCCCACACCCACACCAUCCAGUUAGUGUACAGUGUGCACGGUGCAGUAGGAUUGAGGCUACAGUAGGCAUUAGCGAUAUUUAGUCAUAUUUCUAAGGAGAUAAAGCAGUAAUAGUAAAGGCAAAGAAGCAGCAGAAAUUAAUGUAACUUAAGAGAAACGAAUUUAUAAGGAUGAUAAUCCGGAGAAAAGUGUGGCCGCGGACUAUCAGCGAUCUGCUGUCGAUGGUCUUCGUCCUGAUAGCAGCACCUCUUAUGUACUGGUUUGGAUUGUGGAUAGUUAUGCCGGAAUUGUACAGGGACGAGAAUUUGACAUACAUGUUCCAUUUCAUUCUUGGCAACUUCAUUAUGUUGAAUAUCAUAGGUAACUUUACGUAUACGGUGCUGUGCGAUACCAGCACCGGUGGGCAGAUAGUACCAGUAAGCACUGCGAAAGCAUCAGACGGUUGGAGGCUAUGUGCAGCCUGCGAGUGCUUAUCACCGCCACGUUCGUGGCAUUGCAACAUUUGUGAUACCUGCAUCCUCAAACGCGAUCACCACUGCGUGUUUACUGGCUGUUGCAUAGGCUAUUACAAUCAUAGGUACUUUAUUAUGUUCCUGUGGUACCUAUUCCUUGGUGCAGCAUAUGCCUUCUGCUAUAGCAGUAUCUUCAUCUGGAGCAGAAUACCCUUCGAAUUUCCAAUAUCUAUCAUCAAGAUGGUCUUUCCCGUUGCAAUCUUCUUUUUUGGCUUCGACAACUCCAUCGAUCAAUUUUACUUGUUGCUGUAUGUAAUGUCAGCGAUGGGCACUUUAUAUACCGGAGUGUUGUGCAUUUAUCACUUCAAUUUGAUUCUCAAGGGCGUUGUGGGUAAUGAGAGCAACAAGAAAGAUUUUACGUACAAUAUGGGUUGGAAAGACAACAUUAGAGAGGUAUUUGGAGAACGAUGGUAUCUAACAUGGCUACUUCCUUAUAUAAAGUCACAGUUGCUUCAUGAUGGAGUUUCAUGGCAUCACUUGUAUUUGAAAAAAGAUUGAAUUAUUGUGAUUAAGUGUUGUGAUUCUUUUCAAAUUAUGAAAUAUAUAAACAUUAAAAAUUUUGGAGAUAACUUGAU